AUGGGCUCCAAGCACAGAGUAGACACUAAGGAUAAGAAAAGAACCAGAAAGAAUGCAGAAUUUGGGCGUGAAAAAAGGAAUAGUGGCAACCAAGAGUUAAGUAAUGAGCCGGAAAAAGAUACAAUAAUGGAAGGUGAUGAAGCCGAAGAAGACGAGCAGAAUAGCUCUAGCGAUGAAUCAUCUAAAAUUAUAGAUAACGAACAAAGUGAUGCUGAAGAAGAUGAUGAUGAAGAAGAAGAGGACGACGACUUCCCAAGAAAGAAAAAAUCGAAAAACAGCAAACAUGAUGAUGGUUCUACUGGAUUUUCUGCUGCAGUAAAUGCUAUUUUAUCAUCACAUCUGAAAGCAUACGACAGGAAGGACCCCAUCAUGGCUAGAAACAAAAAGGUGCUGAAGCAAAGUGAGUCAGAAAAGCUAGAAUACAAGGCCAAAAAAGCAUUGUUGGCAGAAAAAAAAAAGUUAUUAGGUAAAGCCAGAAAGACGGAUAUUAUUCCAAUUGCUUCCGGAGAAGACAGGUCAGAAAAUAUUAGAAAAGUCCUUGAGAAGGAGACAGCGCUCAGAAAGAUAGCUCAAAAAGGUGCCGUGAAAUUAUUUAACGCCAUUUUAGCAACUCAAGUCAAGACAGAAAAGGAAGUAUCCGAAAAUUUAAGCGAAAUUAAGAAUAAAGAAGAAAAGAAAGAAUUGAUCACUGAAGUUUCCAAAGAAAAAUUUUUGGAUUUAGUUAAAGCUGCCGCAGGAAGCGACAAUGAAUAA